AUGUCCUCACCAGAAACAAGGCUGGAGUUGUACGACGAGGAUGCGGAAUCGCCUUCCGAGUUGAUGACCGGAGAAAUGACCGUAUCCAGCGCUCCACAAAAUUCGUCCGAUCCCACUGCACCCAACUUCAACACACUCGAUGAACCUAUAAAAGACACAGUCAUGCGUGACGUAAAGGCUGUCGGUAUCAAAUUCUACCACGUCCUCAUUCCGAGGGAAAAGAACACACUCUUGAAGGAAUGGGACUUGUGGGGACCGCUGGUGUUGUGCACGUUCAUGGCCACGAUCCUGCAGGGCUCGUCCGACGACAAAUUCGAUGGAGGGCCCGAAUUCGCGCAAGUAUUUGUAAUUGUUUGGAUCGGUGCCCUGAUAGUAACGCUCAAUUCCAAGCUGCUCGGAGGAAAUAUAUCCUUUUUCCAGUCGGUGUGUGUACUUGGCUAUUGCCUUACACCGUGCGCACUAGCCCUCAUACUGUGCCGGAUAAUUCUUCUAGCAGAACAAACAACGUUUCUCUUCUUCCUACGAUUCCUCGUAGCGUCGGCCGGUUUUGGUUGGGCUACGUACGCGUCGAUAAUCUUCCUCGGUGAUAGUCAACCACCGAACCGGAAAGCUCUUGCCGUGUAUCCAAUUUUCUUAUUCUAUUUCAUCAUAUCGUGGCUCGUCAUUUCGCACACCAAUGUGUGA